AUGAUCCUAAAACAAGCACUGACACAGGUACUGGUACUAGGGGUGGUUGCCCUGUCUUAUCUGCAAAAGGCUUGCUGCGAGCUGGCAGAGAGCGAUGUGCAAACAAUACACCUCUACUGGCUUGAAAGGCUGCACUACAUAGAAAAAGAAGUUAACCUGCGCAACAAGGCCCUUGGAAAGUUCAGAAACCUCAUACCGAAGGAAAUGGAGUCUGGCCUGGAGAGGGCGAAGAGAAAAAUGGACAAAAUGUCGGAUAAGGUGAAAGAGCUCAAAAAAAAAGGGCACAAGAUAAUAGAGAUAACCGGGUCUCUGCAGAUCUUAUUCGAUCAAAAGAAGUGCAGCCCCUCUUCUUUUGUCAGAAACUGGUCAGACAGCCCGAGAAUCGCAGCUGAGAGAAAAAGACUGGAAGAUCACUUCAUUCCGUCUCUCCUGCUAAACACAUGCGUGAUGGAAAAACUGAACUUCUUUGACCUGCACAUGCUCGAUCUUGUGGAAGAGUACAGCAAAAGAAAAAGAAAAAACAGCAACUUAAACAAAAUGACGCUUUUCAAGCUGGCAAAACUCAACAAAAUUAUGGCGGUUAACAUCGUGUACACUCUCUUUGACAUGGAGUGGUACAAAAAACACACAAACAUACCAGACACACUAGACUACAUGGUGAGAAAUAUACUGGGGCACAUUCCGCACGAGAAUGUAGAGCUUUUUGUCAGUGCCAUAGCAACCGAAGCGAACAGAAAAAACGCAAGAAGAGGCGAGCUGGAAAUGCUGCAGAUAGCCGAUGAUCACUUCCAUCUCCUCUUCGAUAAGAACAUCCCAGCUCCAGACGAGCUGUACUCCUUUGCAAUGGAUUUCCCCGUCCUUUCCAGCACAGAUGAGUGUCCGGCAAGGAAUAAUAUCCCAAAAAAGUCCAUAGUAGACAAAGCUACGAUGCAGAUCUAUCUCAGCAUGCUAGACGAAAAUGUGAGCGAGAUAGAUUUUAGCAAGUACCUGAACAUUACCCCCGCACAGAUCAUGAAAAUCAUAAUCAUAGAGUGCACAAUGAAAGGGCGCCUCACAAACUACAGAAACAACCAACUAUUUUCUGUUCUGGGAAGGGUGAUAGAGAAUAUGUACAAUCCAAAGAGCAACAGCGAGUACAUCCUCGAGGGCCUGCAGAUGGGAAGAGAAAAACAGGACAGAGUGCUCGAUGUUCUCAGCGCCCUCUGGGAUGACUACAACUUCAGCAAUCAGCCCGUGGGCACGGACAUUGACUCUUUCUGCGAAGAGAAUGGGAUCACUUUCUUUGACAUCAAGAGAGUGCAGAAAAUUCUGGCGCACGCCAAAUGGAUGUACGAAAUGCUCAACUGCAUCCUAGAGCCUAAACAUUCAAGCUUUAGAAAUGAAGAGAUACAAAAGGGAUCACACAUGAACGUAUCGUAUAUGCAUCCCCUGUGGUACGUAUGCAACCGCUGUGAACACAUCAGCGAUCUCGCCGAUAGAAGAUACACAAGCAGCGCAAUGCCGUUUAAGCAAAUAGAAAAUAGAAAAGUUGUGCUUAGGCCGUACACAAUAAAAAAAACAAAGGACAUGUCAGAGCGCGACAAAUACAUCCAGGGGUGCAUCAAAGCAUGGUGCUCGCCACACGUGGAAAUCAUCAGCAGAGAGGAAGAUGGCGAUGAGCACUUCGAGAUCCUCCACUACUUCGUGAAAUAUCUGAAAAAUAGCGAUAGAAACACAGUGGCAAUAAAGAGAACAAAGGAAACAGGGGAAUGUGAGUACAUUGUUGAAGUAGUGCAGGAGAAGCCUGCAGUGGAGGAAGCCUUUGAAACACCUGAUAUAUUGGAUAUAUAUCAAACCAUUCUUGGCGCUGAGCAAGAUCUGCUAUUUAGCUGCGAUCCUUCUACGAGAUACUCCUCCUCAGAGUAG